AUGGGUCGCUACUCUCCGCAUGUCGUUCCCAAGGGAACACCAAUUUCCCACGCCUUAAAAAUUCCCCUUAGGAAAAAAAAUUGUAAAGUCACCGAAGAGUCCAGCCUGCCGGAACGUCAGCGAUGGAAGCUUGAAGUUACGAGCUCUGAACGUCUCAUCUCAGAGCUGAAGCUUGCUGUUCCCUGGGGCCACAUUGCGGCCAAAGCCUGGGGCUCCCAUCAAGCCGCCCCUGUUCUCUGCCUUCACGGCUGGCUGGACAAUGCCAACUCCUUUGACAGACUCAUCCCUCUUCUCCCGAAGGACUUUCAUUAUGUUGCCAUGGACUUCGGGGGUCAUGGGCUCUCAUCCCACUACAGCCAAGGUUUCCCAUAUUACCAUCAAAACUUUGUGAGUGAGGUCCGGAGAGUUGCAGCAGCCCUGAAAUGGAACCGGUUUUCCCUCCUGGGCCACAGUUUUGGUGGCACUGUGGGUGGAAUGUUUUCCUGUAUCUUCCCCGAGAUGGUGGACAAACUCAUCUUGCUGGAGGCCAUACCAGUUGUCCUGGACACGAAUGAGAUGGACAACUUGCUGACCUACAAGCGGAGGGCCAUAGAGCACGUGCUGCAGGUGGAGGCCUCCAGGAAGCCUGCGCAGGUGGUCAGCCCGGAAGAGAUGCUGCAGUGGUUCCUGAAAAACAACAGCCACGUGGGCGAGGCGUGUGGGAAGCAUCUCCUGCAGAGAGGAACCACACAGGUGGCCACGGGUGUGUCGCUGAACAGAGAUCGGAGGAUCAUUUUGCCAGAGUACUGCUUGGAUAUCGUCAGCAGGGAGCUGCUUGUGCAGUAUAUCAAAAAUCUGCAGGCCCGCAUCCUGUUAGUCAAAGCAACCGAAGGAUAUUAUGCUGUGAGGAGAGAGAAUGAUGCCAACAGGGAGUCCAUAAUGUUCGUGACCAGCUCACUUAAGUCUGUCCUGAAAGAGAGGUUCCAGUACGUGGAAGUCCCGGGCAAUCACUACGUCCACAUGAACCAACCCCAGCUCGUGGCUGAUGUCAUCAGCUCCUUUUUACAGAGCAAGGAGAAGAGCCCCGCCCCCCUGUAG